GUGGUAACGCUCGCUUGGGGGAUGCAGCGUCAUUAAUGCGCGACACCGCGCCAUGUUUUUGGUGGGUUAGCGUCCUGCACGGUAAUCGUCAUAGGUCCGCGCCGCAUUCGCCAUGUUUCUGGUGGGCUGGUGUUCUGUCCUAGGGACGUCACUAGCCGGAAGGGUGUCGUGGAACCUGUGUAGAUCUCAUCACAGGCAGGGACUGCGCUUCACCUGCUGAGACACCGGGCAGAGAGCUCUGUGAGAGACUCUCAGACAACCCCUUUAAUAGUCUGGGAACAAAUGAGCACGUCGACCAUGAGGAUCCAGAUUUUUCUGCUAUGCUCCGUCCUGGGGCUUAGCCUGGCUGUACCUAUAGACCGAGCCCCCCCACCGAAAGAAGCCGAGCCUCCAGCAGAACCUGCAGAUACAGGCCUGUAUUAUGAUCGCUACCUACGAGAGGUAAUUGACGUGUUGGAAACAGACAACCAUUUCCGUGAGAAGCUGCAGGCCGCCAAUGCAGAAGACAUCAAGAGUGGUAAGCUCAGCAAGGAGCUCGAUUUCGUGAGCCAUCAUGUAAGAACAAAGUUAGAUGAGCUGAAGAGGCAGGAGGUGUCCAGGCUGCGAAUGCUACUCAAGGCAAAGAUGGACGCAACCAUGGAGGAAAAUGUACAGAUUGACCACCUUGCUUUGCUAAAACAGUUUGAGCAUUUGGACCCUCAGAACCAACAUACAUUUGAGGCCAGGGAUUUAGAGCUGCUCAUUCAGGCUGCCACCAAGGAUCUGGAGAACUACGAUGCCGCUCGCCAUGAAGAGUUCAAGCGUUAUGAAAUGUUGAAGGAACACGAGAGACGGGAAUAUCUUAAGUCUCUGGAUGAGGAUAAACGGAGAAAGGAGGAAGCACACUAUGAAGAGAUGAAGAAAAAGCACAGGGAGCAUCCUAAAGUUAACGUACCAGGAAGUAAAGAUCAACUAAAAGAAGUCUGGGAGGAGACUGAUGGACUUGACCCCAAUGACUUUAACCCAAAAACUUUCUUCAAAUUACAUGAUACCAAUGGAGAUGGAGUCCUGGAUGAGCAGGAGCUGGAGGCACUGUUUACUAAGGAGCUGGAGAAAGUUUAUGACCCGAAGAAUGAAGAAGAUGACAUGGUGGAGAUGGAGGAAGAGAGGCUGCGUAUGAGAGAACAUGUUAUGAAAAAUGUGGACGCAAAUCAUGAUCGUCUGGUGACGCUGGAAGAGUUCUUGAAGUCUACAGAGAGGAGGGAGUUUAAUGAAGCUGGUGGAUGGGAGACUGUGGAUGAAUCCCAGAUAUACACAGAAGAGGAGCUACGCAAAUUUGAGCAGGAACUGGUUGCCCAGGAAACCGCCUUAAAUCAGCGCGCAGACGAACUACGUAAAGAGAAUGACAUCCUUCAGCAGAGGCAGAUGGAGCUGGAUGCUCAGAAGAAGGAAUAUCAUCAGGCUGUAAUUCAGAUGGAGCAGAAGAAAUCCCAGCAGGCUGAAGCACCUGCAGCCGGCCCCAAUGGAGAACUCAAGUUCCAGGCUCAAGUACCAGAACAAGUGAAACAAGAGGAAGCCCACCAGGCAUUAGAUGUCCAUCCAGGACCACCAGGAGAUGUCCAUGCAGCACCUCCAGGAGAAGCAGCCCAUCAAGAAAAGAGAGAUUCCGAACCUUCCCAGGAGCAUCAGGUUCAGCAUGUCUAACAGUAAAGAGUCAGAGACCCAAGGGAGGAGAAUGCGGCAGGGAAACAAGGAUUGGUCACUUCCAUCUUGGCAUCUCCGCUCUGAAUCCCUCUGUUCUCCUGAAUUUCAAAGUCAAGGGAUGUGCAAUCGACCACUGGGUAAAUCUCUCACAUUGGGAAUCGGGCUUCUUGUUUUCAAAAAACAAACUUAAAAAAGAAAAACAAAACAAAAAAAGAUAAAAUAAAAGACUGUGGGAGGUUAAGUAGGUCCUACCUGGAAGAAGCACCUUUUGUGUUUUCUUUGUGGCAGAGAAUGCCAUCCAUAUAUGUGUGUAAUGUAUGCGUGUGUGUAUAUGUGUAUAUAUAUAUAUAUAUAUAUAUAAUACACAUUGGAUUGGUUAAUAGUCACAUUGUGUCUCUGCUAGUCAGAAGUAUAUCAUGUAUACACAGCUCCUCUAGUGGAGAUGUAGUAAUCCCUAGCUAGUCAUGGAAUUGUGCUGCUUCAUUUAUUCACUUGUGUCAUGAAAGUGCCAGCACCACCAGAAGUUGUGGGGCCUUGGGGGUCAAAAUAUCCUAGAGUUAUACAAUAGUUGCCCCCUACCACCGCUAUGACCUUCUGUGUACUAGAGCCCAUGGAGCACCAGGACCCCUUUAAACAUUACUUUGCUCUCAGUGUGAACACUGACCAGCUGUGGUUAGUGUACCCAGUCGGCUCUUGCUUUACGCUUUAGUAGCACCCCUAUCUAUAGAUGAAGUGAAGUGCGUAGUAUAGUGACCAGGUAAGCAGUGUUUAAGUGCUUGCCUUCUAAUAUAAAGCCCCUUGUGGUGAGGCCCCAAAAAAUUCCUCCUGCCUUUUUUUUUGGUACAUGGGUGCAUAUAUAUCAGUAGUGUAGACAGUGCUGAAGACUUAUUUGUUGCAACACGUUUCAGGCCAACAUUAGACCCUU